UGUUAUUUCGCUCCUCCGAACCUUCCUUCAUCAUUAUCCAUAAAAUACAACACGAAAACAAACUCAAAACCUAUAUGGAAUACACCAGCUAGCUCCUGCCAUGACAGCCCCACCUUCUCGGACACGGAAGACAAUGAGAUAAACGAGUAAAAGGGGAGAAAAGGGAGAAAAAAGAGCGAGGGAGAUUGAGAGAGGUUCUCGUCAUGGCUUCUCCCGCGGCGCCGUCACUAGAGACUCUUAUUCAGAAGUCCACCAACCCACUAAACUGUGAGGAUGACCCAAAUUCGAUUCAGGCUGUGUGCCAGGCAGUGUCGUCCGAGGCGGGUGGUGUGCAGACGGCCGUGCGACUCAUUGCCCACAAGAUCCAGUCGCCCCAAGAGCGCGAAUCACUUCAGGCUCUCGCGGUUCUGCAAGCUUGUGUCAACAACUGUGGACCAAGUUUUCAUGCAGAAAUCGGCAAGUUCCGCUUCCUGAAUGAAAUGAUCAAGCUCGUUUCGCCCAAAUACCUGGGUAAUCACACGCAUGCUUCCGUCAAGGCGAAGGUAGUAGAGCUCCUGUUCACCUGGACCAUUGACCUCAAGUCUGAACCCAAGAUCCUCGAGGCGUAUAACAUGCUGAAGAAGCAAGGUGUUGUUAAGGAGGACCCCCCUUACAUGGGUGCCCCAACAGCCCCCGAACCUCGUCCGCGCACAAAUGCCGUCUUCGAGGACGAGGAGAAGUCUCGGCUCCUGCACCGCCUGCUGCAGAGCAAGAACCCGGAGGACUUGCAUAAGGCCAACGCACUCAUCAAGUCAAUGGUUAAGGAGGAUGAGAGGAGAAUGGAGAGGACGAGCAGGAGGGUGGUUGAGGUGGAAACCGCCCUGAACAAUGUACGUGUGCUGGACGAGAUGCUAUCACGGCACCAGGAAAGCCCAGCAACACAGGCCGAUCUUGACCUUAUGCAAGAACUCCACUCGUCAUGCUCAACACUCAGGUCCAACAUCUACCGGCUGGUCUCCGAGAUGGACGACAAGGAGGAGGGGAUCGGCGAUCUACUGAAAGCAAACGAUGAGCUGUCACGGGUGAUGGGCAGAUACAAGUUGGUAGUCGAAGGCACGAAGAUGGAAACCGCAGCCCCUCCUAUGCCUGGUGGCAAAAGGGCAAAGGACGCUCCGAACCUGAAGGAUGGUGAGAUCUUGUUGGACCUGUCAACCCCCGAGGACGGCCCGUCCUGCCAGGGUACUGCUGACAUCCUCAACAAAGACCUGAAGGACCUAGGCUUAGAUGGCCUUAGCCUGGGCACAGGAGCCCCUGCAGUACCAGUCGUAGCCCCCACAACUCCCCCCAUCACAGCUGGCAAGGAGAGCAGCAGCGCCUCUCUCCUGGAGGACCUUGGAGGCAUCUUUUCCAACACUCCAAAUUCCAGUACGGGUGUACCUGUUGGCCCUGGCAGCCUUCACACAGCAAUGGCACCAACGCUAGUCCCACAGCCCAUGACAGGCAUUCUUGGUGCAGGUGACAAGGCCAGCAGUGAGGUGCCUGAGGACCGUGCAGACCCCCUGGAUGACCUUGACCUCCUUGGCACGACCCUCAUCAAGCAGAACCUACCUGCCAAUGUGCCUGUGCAGGUGCAGUUCAAGGCACAGGAAAAAUUGUCCAUGAACCAAAUGAAGCAGCAGCAGCAGUACGCCCAUGCAAGCCCCCCCAUUUCAACCUCUCACCCCCUCUUCCCCAAGGACUCUAGCCUCCCCUUGCUAGGAGCCAAGUCAGCAGUGCUUAACUCCUCCACCUCCUCUGGUGGCGAGAAUGUGUCAGACCCCCUGGCAGGUGUCGACUUGCUAAGUGGGGACAUUGGUGUUGGGUUGACACCAGCAAGUGAGCCCAGAAAUUCCACAAGUAGUAUUGAGAAAGUGAGUUUAUUGGAUGAUAGUAGUCUGUUGUGUGCUCAAGAUGAUAGUGUAGUGGAAAGCGCAGUGCCUGAUAAGGUGCUGCCAGCUCUGGCAAAGCCCUCGAACAAUGUUAAAAGUACCAUCAAUGUGGAGGCCAAACCGAGAAGCAGUGCUCCCUCAAAACCACAAUUCAUGGAGGUGAAACCCAUGACAGACCUCAAAGUUAGCCUGGAAGACAUCAAACCAGGGAAGCAAGGUUCAGUCACAGUCCUAGAGAGCAACGACAUUACUAUGACAAUACACUUUACUGAAAACCAGCCUAGAGAUGAUGUUUCAGUUGUUGUGGUGUCUACUAUGUCUCGCAGUGCACAGCCUAUCUCCAAUUAUGUGCUUCAGGGUGUUGUACCAAAGGGUUGCAAGGUGCGGUUACAGCCCCCCUCCUCGACGGAAUUAGCUGCUUUUAGUCCCUUCUUGCCUCCUCCAGCCAUUACGCAGAUAAUGCUCAUCGCAAACCCAAACAAACUCAACGUAUCCCUGAAGGUGAUGCUUAGCUACACGAUAGACGACGACCCAGUAACAGAGAUGGGGGAGGUGGAAAGUUUGCCUUUAUAGGAAAUUUGGCCUCGCUUUUAAUUUGAACAAGACAGAUAUGAAGGAACAAAUUUGACAAGCUAAACACAAGUUUUGGGUAAUGUGGCUUGAUACAUGCAGUCUGUAAUGAAAAACAAACUGUAGCACAUUUGAUUUGUGCUUAUUUAAUUUCUCUCUCUCUCUCUCUCUCUCUCUCUCUCUCUCUCUCUCUCUCUCUCUCUCUCUCUCUCUCUCUCUCUCUCUCUCUCUCUCU